UUGACUUUUUAAUGCUACGCCUACUACCUAUGUUUCACUUCUUUUUAUGUGAUUGUAUGUCAUUUUGAUUGUUUUUGCUGAUUGACCUGCGUUUAGGGAUAGGAUUAGUGUAUCCCAGCGGAUAUAUCUGUUGGGGAUUCUUGUGUGUUGGUGUUGAUGUUCGCAAAAGGACCGAGUUGCUAGCCACCUCACGUCAAGCAAAAUCUAUCCUGAUUUGGCUGUUUGCAGGUACAACUUUUCCCUCGUGAUCUCCACAAUGGCGAAUGCGUCUUCCCUGACCAGUGGUCUUGAAGGUCUUGAUGAGUCGGACAUUCUCGAUCCAGCUGAACCAGACAUGCCAGACCGGGAAGACGGUUCGUCCGAUAAGGCGUUGGAGGAGUUGACUGAGGCUAUACAGAACGACUUCGGACAUCUGAAGGCUUUGUGGGCAGAGAAGGUGCAAAAACAGCAAUUGACAAUAACUAAGCUCGAGCGACAUAUCAAAGAGCAGAACACCAUGACGGACCGUCUCCGGGGCAAAAUCGUGGAGCAAGGGGCCCGCUUGAAGGAGAGUGAAGCGCGGGUGCUAGACAGUCAGCUGCAGAAGGAGGCGGCGCAAGGUCGUGUGGAGGAUUUGGAGGCGCGCUUGGUGGAGGAGAAACGCCGCAUUGAGGAGUUGCUGGCGUACAACGCCGAGCUGGCGCAGACAACCGCGGCCUUCCACGGAGUGUUCGCCCGGCACCGCGCUGUUGUGGAGCGAGUAGUGGAUUCGAAAGCGAGCGCCGGUACUCCUGUUGGUAUCCCGAUUCCUGGUGUUGCCGCUACUGAACAGGCUUCCGUUGCGGUUGCCGAUGGACCAGCUGACUCCGUGCCUGCCCCGCGCGACCAAACUCCGCCGCCAUCCGCACCGAACCUCCCGGUCGUGACGGUCGCCGAACACGUCGACAUGGACCUGCCGGCCGUCUUUUUCCCGCCGCCGCCGGUUUCUGACGUCACAGCGCACACGAUGGCCAAGAGUGUGGGAGCGGGCGUAGGCAUGCCAUCAGCGCUGUCCAUUAUGCACGCCACGGAGUCCGUCGCCACCGCACCACUGGCCCACAAACAGAUUCUCGUGACUCUCCCCAAAUCCGCUUUGCGGGUGCAUCUCCCCUCCCCGCCUACCGACACGCAGGCCGAAGCAGCGCAUUUGACCUCCCCGGAGAUCAGCGCACCCACGAAGACCGUCGCCUUCUCUUCGGUGUCCGACCAGGGAGCCGGGAUCGCUGUUCCUGCUCCGGGUAAGCGGAAGCGAGCGGAAACGCUCUUGACGGCCAACACCUGCAAAGUGUGUCUGGUGGAGUUUGCCGACCAAGCGGAGCUGCGCGGGCAUACGUGCCACGGCAAGCCCAGGUAUCCGUGCAGAGUGGAUGGCUGCGGGAAGAUUUAUAGCCAUUUGUCGGGCAUGUAUCGCCAUGAAAAGAAAGCGCACGAUACAGGCCACCAUUAUGACCACUUCUAGGCAAAGCGCAGCUUGUUAAAUUAUGGUCGUUUAGUAACCUGAGCUGCUGACUGUUGGUAGCGACUGGAUGGUAAGGUGCACAAGGACGGUAAUUACAGUAUGUUUAAAUUUUGAUUAUUUUUAGUGUUCUCUAUCGCGAUUACGGUACAGUUUGUGAUGCGAUCUAGUUAGAAAUUACUUUCGUUUGUUGAAAUUCGGUUAGUUCGGUGAUGUUUGUGUUAUUGUUGAGUGGGAGGAUAAACUGGACAUUGUUGGGAACUUUUUGUUCUGGAAAACGGUGUGUAGGUAUAUUUCUUUCGAUUAGAUGUUGUCUAUAUUUCAUGCGGUUUUUGGUAAAAGUCUUGAUGGCAGUUGUUUCGGCUUUCGAUGUUUACAAAGCAGAUUAAACGCAUUUGCGGCAUUA